GCGAGCCACUUCCAGCAGUGACGAACCUGCCACCCGCGCUCUACCUCAGCACGCAGAAUGAGGCACAGGGUGCAGACUCGGACCUGAGAGAAGAUUCAGGGAUGCUUUUCAAAACGAUAAAGCGCUGAAGUGACACUUGAGCGAAAAGGAGGAAAUGGAUGGAAGGAUGGAUAGAAGGAUGGAAGGAUGCGCGUUUCUGUCUCAGCUUUGGAAAAGGAAAGUGUGCUUGCUGCGCUUUAAAAUGAGACUCGCUGCCUGAGGAACACACGUACAAACUUUUCUUUAUGGAGUUUCAAAAUGACAUUGUUUAAUCUGAACCAGAGUGAUGAUGCGCUCAAUCUGUCCUUCUCCGAGAUCUCCAACAGCAGCGGAAACGCCACGUGCGCCGGCACCGUGCUGGACGCGCAGGUCGUGGCGGUGGGAAUCUUCCUGGCUGUCUUCAUCCUGGCUGCGAUCGUCGGGAACAUUUUGGUCAUCCUGUCUGUUCUGUGCAACAAACACUUGCAGACAGUGACCAACUUCUUUAUAGUCAAUUUAGCCAUCGCGGAUUUGCUCCUGAGCGUCGUGGUGUUGCCCUUCUCCGCGUCUCUGGAGGUGUUUGGAUGCUGGGUGUUUGGACGCGUCUUUUGCAACAUCUGGGCUGCUGUGGACGUGCUGUGCUGCACCGCGUCCAUCCUCAGCCUGUGCGUCAUCUCCAUAGACCGAUACAUAGGAGUCAAGUACUGCCUCAAAUACCCCACGAUCAUGACCGAACGCAAAGCCGGGGUCAUCCUGGUGCUUGUCUGGGUCUCCUCGGUGGUCAUCUCGGUGGGGCCGCUUUUAGGCUGGAAGGAACCUCCGCCGUCGGAUGAGAGCAUCUGCAGCAUCACUGAGGAACCCGGUUACGCGCUGUUCUCCUCGCUGUUCUCCUUCUACCUCCCGCUCAUGGUCAUCCUCGUCAUGUACUUUCGGGUGUAUAUCGUGGCCCGGAGGACCACCAAGAGCCUGGAAGCAGGCGUGAAGCGAGAAAGGAACAAAUCCAUGGAGGUGGUGCUGCGGAUCCACUGCCGGAGCUCACCGGAGGACGCAGGCGCGGGUUCCAAAACCAAGAACCAUCCGCUGCGCAGCUCGCUCUCCGUGCGCCUCAUGAAGUUCUCCAGAGAGAAGAAAGCAGCCAAAACCCUGGCCAUCGUGGUCGGGAUGUUCAUUGUGUGUUGGCUGCCUUUUUUCUUCGUCUUGCCUUUAGGAUCUUUCUUCCCUGCUCUGAAACCUUCAGACGUGGUGUUUAAAGUUAUCUUCUGGCUGGGUUACUUCAACAGCUGUAUCAACCCGGUUAUCUAUCCCUGCUCGAGUAAAGAAUUCCAACGCGCCUUCACCCGCCUUCUUCACUGCCAGUGCCAUCAUCGACGACGCAGCUUACGCCGCUUCUACGACCACCGCUGGCGUACAGCCCUCAGGGGCCGGGCCAAAGACUCGCGGGGUGACUAUCAGCCCGGUUUCUCCUUCCAUGAUUCCUGCAGCAGUUCGAUUUUCUCAUGUCGGAGCAAAAGCCACUCCCUGAACCUGAAAAGCUGGAGCUUCUUCCCUCCCUUGCAGAAGUCCUCCUUCCAUCUGAAGGAGAAGAUGAACAACUUGUCUAACAAGAUCAAGAGCGGGGCAGGAAAGAAUUCAAUGCCCUCGCUGGACAGGACUGAGAUUGAUACGGUGGCCAUGGGGAUCUACAGCGAGUGCAGUGAUCCAAGUGGGUUUCAGAUAUACGAUCUGACGGAAUGUUACAGCUUGAAGGAGACAGAUAUCUAAAGAGAGACAUUCUCAUUUUGCUAUUGUUUAGUGACCGGUUGCUCAGAGACAGACACAAACUAAACAAUGCAACAAAAGCACACUCUUUUAAAACAUACAGUUCAAGAUCAAGACAAGGAAAUGCUUUUGUUUUUGUGUAAGAGAAGGACAGAGGACAGACAUUUUACUUCCACAGGGGUAAUUUAAGCAUUUGACUUUCAGAAGUGUAGGCAGAAGGAUCAACAAGGGUGUUCUUUUCUCUGUAAAGUAAAACUGCUGGUCGACUCCAGACACAAGUGCCAUCAGGUGGCAUAUAAACAGACUGCACUCAAAAAAUAACUUGCUCAGUGAACGUAAUAAAAGUAUGGAAAGUAUUUCCACCCAAGUAAAAUGCGUUAACUUAGCCAGAAACAAUUUUGUUGAGUGACCUAAAUGUCAACCGUUACAUGUUAGACUUAGGUUCAUGUAACAGACACCCAUGUUGUUGUUUUUUUGAGUGUGUGCAUUCUGUAAAUCAGUGUGGCCUUUCAAUAUCAUCCUUUAAAGUCACCCAAAACUUUGUCAAUACUGAAUUAUUUAAAAAAAAAAUCCUUAGGACAUACUGCUGAUAUCCUAGCCUUCUUGUUGUUAUUACCCCACAAAAAAAAAAAAAAAAAAAGGUUUAAUGGCAUCUGGACUUUCACCAUCAUACAACAAUAAAGAAGUCAAGAUAAUAUCAAGAAUCCUGAUCAAAACACAAGAUUAUAUACACUCAACGUGCACUUUAAUAGAAACGUGUUCUUGAUUCUAAGAUUCCUGUUCUUGGCUGCAGGAGUGGAACCCAAUGUGUUCUUCUGCUGUUGCAUGCUGAGAUGCUUUUCUGCUCACCACGGUUGUAAAGAGUUGCUAUGAGCUACUAUAUCCUUCCUGGCAGGUCAAACCAAUCUGGCCAUUUUCCUCUGAGCUCUCUUAUCAACAAGGCAUUUGUUUCCAUUCACAGAACUGUCGCCCACUCACUCAGUGUUUUUUGUUUUUUGCGCCAUUCUGUGUAAACUCUAGAGACUGUUGUGUGUGAAAACCCCACAAGAUCAGCAGUUUCUGAAAUACUCAAACCAGUCCGUCUGGCUCAAACCAACACCCAUGCCACAGUGGAAGAAAGUCACACUUUAAGAUCACAAUUUUUCCCAUUCUGAUGCUCUUGAUUUGUAUCUGCAUGAUUUGAUGCAUUGUGCUGAUUAGAGAACUGCAUCCAACAGCAGGGUGUUCCUUAGGGUGUUUCUAAUAAAGUGGCUGGUGAGUGUAUACAGUAUAUUUAAAAUACUCUGCCAUCUAUGAUGAGGUGAUAUGAUGAAUUGGAGUUAUGGUUCAUCACAUUAACCUAAAAUAAUUUGUUUUUCUAUUAAAGAGCGUCCUGAAGUGUUUUAUUCUAGUUCUCCUCAUAUACAACAACAAUUUACGUCACAGUCGAGAUUUAAAGUUACAAAGCACUGACACUGGAGACUCCUUCCAUAAAUCUAAUCUCAUCUCAUUAUCUCUAGCCGCUUUAUCCUUCUACAGGGUCGCAGGCAAGCUGGAGCCUAUCCCAGCUGACUACGGGCGAAAGGCAGGGUACACCCUGCACAAGUCGCCAGGUCAUCACAGGGCUGACACAUAGACACAGACAACCAUUCACACUCACAUUCACACCUACAGUCAAUUUAGAGUCACCAGUUAACCUAACCUGCAUGUCUUUGGACUGUGGGGGAAACCGGAGCACCCGGAGGAAACCCACGCGGACACGGGGAGAACAUGCAAACUCCGCACAGAAAGGCCCUCGCCGGCCACAGGGAUCGAACCCGGACCUUCUUGCUGUGAGGCGACAGCGCUAACCACUACACCACCGUGCCGCCCUCCAGUAACCUGCUUACAUUUUAAACAGAAAAUUGAAUUUAACAUUUGGACUUUUUUUUUCAGGUUUAGGGUGACUUUAAAAGACUGUCACAAUCAGAACACCACUAAAGAACUCGGUCUGAAUAUCAGAGCUCAGCUCUACCCUCUGAAACAAAAGACCUAAAUACAGGAAGCUACGUAUAACUGUGAGACAUCCGAGGAACCGGGAAACCCACAUGUGAUACCGCUUGCUGUUUAUGUACUGACUUACCAAGAUGUACUGUGGUGUUUACAUAUGUAGAGUGCUUAUGGUUUAACCGAAACAUAUUAUUAUUAUUAUUAUUAUUAUUAUUAUUAUUUAAGUGGAACACACAUUAUUUCUCUACACGGAUUUUGACUCUAUGUUGAUCUGGUUUGAAAUGGAAGUUCUCUUUGAAACCAUGCAAUGACCACAGCACAAGAACUUUUCAUUUUACUUCUUGAAACAUGCUCUGAAUUCAUUUGUAUUUGCACAUGUGACAUCCAUCCAUCCAUCCAUCCAUGUGUGAUGUAACACACACAAAAAAAAAAUCGGAUAGAAAUAAACCUGUACAUUUUGUCUA